UCUCUCUCUCUCUCUCUCUCGCUCGCUCGCUCUAUACCUUCGUUCUCUACGCUUCACUCUCGCACAUUUCCUCGUUUAUUUUGUUCGCUUCUCUCUCCAAUUCUCCUCUUCUCCUCUCGUUUCUCCUAGGGUUGAGGGCUUUGUGCGUCGUCGUCGUCGUCGUCGUCUUCUUCUUGCAUGCAUCCGCUCCGGUCUCGCGUCUAUUUCGCGGAGACAUGUGUUGGAUUCAAGGGUUUCGCCCUCUGCUUCUCGCGCUUGCGUGGGGGUGCCUCUUCGCCCGUUCUCAAUCCGAUCCCGACGAGGUUUCUGCGCUAAGCGCUUUCAAGAAGGCCAUCUAUGAGGACCCUCGUUCGAUUUUAUCCAAUUGGAAUGCCCAAGAUGCGAAUCCUUGUGGCUGGCUCGGUGUCAUCUGUGCCUUUCCUCAGAAUCACGUGAUUUCUAUUAACUUGCCCAAUUCGUCGUUGACGGGAUUCCUCACACCGGCGCUUGGAUCUCUUAGUUAUUUGCAAGAACUAGUUUUGAAUGACAAUGAACUUCUUGGGCCAAUACCGGAAGAAAUUGGCAUGUUGAAAAGCCUAACCCUGUUGAAUUUGAGUUCAAAUCAACUAUCGGGGCCCAUCCCUCCGGCAAUUGGUGACUUGACCAGCAUCUUAAAAUUAGAUCUUCACUCAAAUAUGUUAACUGGCACUAUACCCUCUGAGCUUGGUAAACUGGUGAGCAUGGUUGAGCUGCGUAUGGACAAAAACAUGCUAACUGGAGUUAUCCCUGGAAACAACAGUUCACAGAAUUUAUCCUCUGAAGGAAAGGAUACUGGUUUGUGCCAAUUAUCUCAGCUGAAAGAUGCAAACUUCUCAUUUAAUAUGCUUGUUGGGGAAAUACCUAAAUGCUUCAGGAGACUUCCAAGAUUAAGCUUUGAGGGAAAUUGCUUCAAUGAUGGUGAUUACUUGAAUCAUCCUGCUCAAAAAUGUGCAAAUGGCCAGCAAAUAACAGAAGAAACAUACAGUAAUCCCAGAGAAAAGCAUAAGCAUAAUAAGCGAAAGGAACCACUAUGGCUUCUUAUUUUGGAAAUAAUUACUGGAACCAUUUUCGCCCUUUUCCUCAUUACAUAUAUUGUUGGUGCCACUAAGAGAUGCAAAUCGAAAUCCUCCACCGUCAUUCCUCCAGGGAGAAGCACAAGCUGGAAGGAUCAGACAGUAAUACCAAUCAAUGAAGACUUGUUGAAAGGUGUGUUGAAAGUAAGCCGUCAGGAGCUUGAAGUAGCUUGUGAAGAUUUCAGCAACAUAAUUGGGUCUUCUUCAGAUGCUGUAGUAUACAAAGGCACUAUGAAGGCUGGGCCUGAAAUUGCUGUUAUAUCUCUUUGCAUCUUAGAAGACUGCUGGACUAGCUCUGUUGAACUUUACUUUCAGAAAGAGGUAGCAGAUCUUGCACGGAUAAAUCAUGAAAACAUAGCUAAGUUGUUAGGUUACUGCAACGAAAGCAAUCCAUUUUCAAGAAUGCUAAUUCUUGAAUAUGCAUCUAAUGGGACACUCUGUGAGCACCUCCAUUAUGGUGAUGGAUGCCAAAUGUCAUGGCCUAGGCGCAUGAGAAUUGCUCUUGGUAUCGCUUAUGGGCUGAGAUACUUACACACUGAACUGCAGCCUCCUUUUGCUAUAGCAGAGUUAACUUCCAGUGCAGUAUAUCUUACCGAAGAUUUCUCUCCGAAAUUAGUUGACUUUGAAAGAUGGAAAACUAUACUCUCAAAACCGGGGAUGAACACUGGAUGUGUUGUCAAUGGAGGUUUAUUUCACAGCUAUAUUGAUUCUCGUCAAAGGAGAUAUAUGGAUGUCCAGGCUAACACAUUUGCAUUCGGAGUUAUUCUUUUGGAGCUGAUUAGUGGGAGACCUGCAUUUUGCAAGGAGCGAGGUUGCUUGGUGGACUGGGCUCUACAAUAUUUGGGCGAUCCACAAGAUAUCAGUAAGCUGGUUGACCCGGAGCUUAAAAAUGUCAAGCCUGAAACACUGUCCGUAGUCUGCAAUGCAGUAAGCCUCUGCCUCGAACAUGAACCGACUAAGAGGCCAUCCAUGCAGAUUAUAACUGCCGUGUUGGAAGCUGCUAUCGAGACAUUGCCAGCAGCAGUUCUUAAAGAUACUCCGUUGGCGUGGGCCGAGCUUGUAGUAUCAACAGCUUCAUGAGCCUCCACAUUGUACAUUCAAUCUGUGAGCCCCCACUGUACAUUCAAUUUGUAUGCCACUGUUGUCUUUUACUUCUGAUUGAUGAGCCAAAUUUAUGUCAGAGUCUCACAAACUAUGACAUCUACCUGGUUAGCUUGAGAACAAAUCCUUUGUAGUAGUACACAUCGCUUGUUGAUUUGGCUUGGCUUAGUUUUCAUGUAAUUCUUUUGAUAAUUGAUAAAUCAAUGAAUUAACUAA